AUGGAUGAUAUUGAAAAUAUUAUAGAACAAGAAACAAAAAUUAAUAAUGUUGAACCAACUAUUGCUGAAGAAAUACAUGAAGAAAGAAUUGAGAAAGAAAAUCAAGAUGAAGAUAUAUUAUUAAAAGAAAAUCUUACAAAUGAAACAAUAGCUAAUGUUCAUACAUUUCUUUUUGAUAUUUUAGCAUUUUUUUCUAAUUUUCAAUCAAGUCUAAUUGUUGAAUAUUGUCAAGAAACACAAAAUUGGAACUCAAUUCAACAUUUUUUUAAUGAUGAAAAUAUUCAUAUUUUACCUAUAUUCUUUUGUGAUCCUCAAGAACGAUUUCGUUCUAGUAAACGAUCAAGUAUAAUUCUACCACAGUUAAAUCAAUCAAUAAAAACUGAUGAAUCUUAUAUUGGAAUCGGAAUAGAUAAAUCAUUUGAAGAUGGUGGUGUAAUUUUUAUAAAACCAAAUACAAUAAAAUUAACAGAAAGAAAUUUUAAAAAUGAAUUAGUUAUUUUUUCUAUGAAUUUUGGUCAACAAAAUCUUGAUCUAAUGAUAAAUCUAGAAACAAUUUUACUUAGUUAUUUACCAUCAAUAAAAAAAGCUGAUGAAUGGAAUAAAUUAUAUUUAUUUAAUAAAAAAACUGAUCAAAUUAAAUUAAAUUUAAUAUAUCAAAUUGAACAAAAUACAAUUUGGGUGUGGGUGUGGGUAUUUCUUUUCUUUUCACUUACACCCACACCCGCACCCACACCCGCAGCCACAGCCACACCCUCACCCCACCCACACCCACACCCACACCCACAUCCACACCCAUCCCUUGGAUUCCCUUGAAGUCCCAUGGAGUCUCAUGGAGUCCGUAGACUCUCGGAGUCCCGGAAUCUGCCGUUCCCCCCUUGAAAAAACAACAUAUAAUAGAUGAAAAAUUUUGUGCAAAAUGAUCAAUUUCAAAAUGUUAUAGUCAUAAAUGUAAGUGAACCUGAUGUGAGAUAUUUUAGUUAUUACGCAAUUUAAUUUGAAGAGAAAACAACUGAGCACUAACAUAUUGAUUAUAAUAUUUUCAAGGAGAAACAAAUCAUCCCUGAAUCAAUAUUUUCAUAUCUUAAACAUCAAAAUAAAAAUCUUCAAAAAAAAUUUUUCGAGAUAAAAAAUGAAUAAUUCACAUGAAUCAAUACCCAAAAUAAUAACGACAUAUCUGCAUCGUUAUUCAUUUAUAUUGUAUUUUUCUCCCUUGAGUCAUGAUCUAUACCUAUAUCCUGCACUACGAAGUAUGUAAGAUACUUAUAUAAACUUCUACAUGUUUCUUUUCGAGUAAAAGAAUAAGUGUUUAAAGAAAUCUCCAAUAAAUUAAAUUCGAUAUUUCCUAGUAAUUUUUCUGUCGCAUAUUAUUUAAACAUACCGCUAGGUCCCAAUAGCCACAAAUAUAAUUGG